CGAGAAGACAUCUCUCAGGCCAUGGCAGACCCCAGAUUGAACGUUGUGGACCUCGUAUCGCGGCUGGCACAGGAGUUGGAUCCACCCCGAGGAUCGAACACUCGCGGCCAUUACCGCAGGAAUCGCCCGUAUACGGCAGGCCCACAGCGAACGAGCCGUCGAAGAGGUCGUCUCGGCCGAGUGCAUCCUGCCAAUCCUCGUCGCGCUGGGGACCCUGCCGUGGGUCUCGAUUGUUCAGGACAUCGCGAUGCAGCUCGUGGACUUCAUGUCGCCUCCGCCUCCUCCCCCAGAGUUGGCCAACAGCGACGUACCCACAAUGGCCGUUCGAGCGAUGCAAGGGUUGCAGUGGCACAUCGCUCGCAAAAUUGCCAGAUGGCUCAAUCCAGCCUCGGGCGGUUUCAACAUGCGAGGCCGUUUCUGGCAGAGUUGGAGGGUCCUACCAGAGAACGGCGGCGGGAUGCUGGUCGUAGAGAAGGACCUCGGUCGCCUCCAGUACGACAGACACGAGAGAGGCGACGAUGACGACGAUGACGACGAUGACGACGACAAUAUCGACUGGUACAUCGAUCUUGGCGACAUCCACCAUGUUUCGGUACAAUCCCUCCUCGCCGACGUGCCGCCAUGCCUUGCCCUCAUCAUCUAUCGCGCCGAGCCGACAACUGGCAAGAUGACCGAGGUCGGCAUGUUUCGCCUGGACACGCCCCACAUCGCCGAGUGUCACCGAGACCUCAAGACGUGGUUGCCCGACGUCCGAUUCGGCAAGUCCAUUCCGGUGGCACCUUCCGAGCAUGAUUUGUUCGAUAUACUGGACGACUUUGCCACCAUCGAUGACGACGACGACAACAACAACGAGGCCACCACGGGCGCACGGGAUCAGAACCCGGCGUUUGGGACGCGCCUCGACGAGCAGGCCCGAAUCGGUACAGAAAUGUCGAUCGAUUCACCUUCCCUUGCGCAGCAGCAAUCCAAGCGAAAGCACAAGCGGGGCAAGUUGGUACACGAUUCGGACGCAGAGGAUGACUAGGACGAGAGGACGACCGUCACGGGGCGUGUUAUCGCUGAGGGCGAUGCGCACUAGUCUUGACGCGGCGGAUUGAACGCAGGGGUUUAGAGUUUCGCGUGUCACAAAUGUAGGCCUUGUUAUCGAUUGUGACCGUUUUCGUCGUACAAACAGCCGAGUCGUGUUGUACGGUAGAUAGAUGUGACCAUUUAGGAUCGGAGUUUAGCUAUCUGCGACGAGGGUGGUACCAAGAAGAAGCGCAUCUGGAGCGCGCGGGGGGAUUUGCACAGCAAAGACGAACAGACAUCAAUCCGAAUCAUCCGACUUGCUCUUUUCAACGGUGACCACAUUCGACUCGA